CUGACUGAGCUUGACGGGCGUCUACAUCCUCACUGAAUGCAUUGACAGUCACUGCGGGUGUUUCCCUGCAGCUCAUCUGAAACAGCAUGGACAGCGGCGGGAGGAAAGUGGUCGUCUGUGACAAUGGGACGGGGUUUGUCAAGUGUGGUUUCGCCGGCUCCAAUUUUCCCGAUCACAUCUUCCCAGCCCUGGUGGGACGUCCCAUCAUUCGGUCAGAUACAAAAGUUGGGAAUAUAGAGAUCAAGGAUCUGAUGGUCGGCGAUGAGGCGAGCGAAUGCCGCUCCAUGCUGGAGGUCUCGUACCCCAUGGAGAACGGGAUCGUCCGCUCCUGGGAGGACAUGCUGCACCUGUGGGACCACACGUUCGGCCCGCAGCGGCUCAACAUCAACCCUCCCGACUGUAAGGUCCUGCUGACGGAGCCGCCCUUGAAUCCGCUGAAGAACCGGCAGAAGAUCGCCGAGGUCAUGUUUGAGACCUACAAGUUUCACGGCAUUUACAUCGCCAUUCAGGCCGUACUGACUCUCUAUGCUCAAGGUUUGUUGACCGGUGUGGUGAUAGACUCAGGAGAUGGUGUGACUCACAUCUGUCCCGUUUAUGAGGGUUUCUCUCUUCCUCACCUCACACGCCGCUUGGACAUCGCAGGACGAGACAUCACACGCUAUCUUAUCAAGCUUUUGCUUCUGCGAGGCUACGCCUUCAACCACACGGCGGACUUCGAGACGGUGCGGAUGAUGAAGGAGAAACUGUGUUUUGUUGGCUACAACAUUGAGCAGGAACAGAAAUUGGCCAAUGAGACCACUGUCCUGGUGGAGUCCUACACGUUACCAGACGGACGGACGAUAAUGGUUGGAGGCGAGAGGUUUGGAGCGCCAGAGGCUCUUUUCCAGCCUCAUCUCAUUAACGUGGAGGGUGUUGGUGUGGCUGAACUGCUCUUCAACACCAUCCAGGCAGCAGACAUUGACAUCAGGUCUGAUUUAUACAAGCACAUCGUCCUGUCAGGAGGAACCACCAUGUACCCGGGACUUCCUUCCCGCUUGGAGCGCGAGAUCAAGCAGCUGUAUCUGGAGAGAGUGCUGAAGGGAGACACUGAGAAACUUUCUAAAUUUAAAAUCCGCAUCGAAGACCCUCCGCGGCGCAAACACAUGGUGUUCAUGGGAGGAGCGGUGCUGGCCAACAUCAUGAAAGACAAAGAGUCGUUUUGGCUCUCGAGAGCUGAGUAUGAGGAGAAAGGCCUAAAAGUGCUGGAUAAACUUGGAGGAGCGCUGAGAUGAGAGCAGCGACACGCUGAAGCCUUCACUAUCCACUUUACAUUCAUAUCUACUGCUGUUAAUAUUUAAGACUCUCACAAUCAACUACUGCACAUCAUAGACCUUGAUGACAUUAUAUAAGGCUAAUUAUGGGUUUUAGUAUCUCAAACACUGAUUUAGCUGUCUAAAUACUCAUAAAUAAAUGAUCAAAUAAAUAUUCAUAAAUACUGAGAGGUCAUAGGGUUGUUAUAGUUAACUAAAACUAUAGAAAUAAAAUAAAACUGAAAUAAAAUAAACGAACUGAAUUAAAGUAUUAAACAACUUCAUCUUAUUUUAUUUUUAUUUUUAUUUUCAUUUUUAUUUAGUUUAUCAUUUAAUAAAUUAACUAAAAUAUAAAUAAAAUGAAAGACAUAUAGACAAAAAGAAAUAAAUAUAGACAUAGAAAAUAAAUAAAACUAAAAAAAAUGACAAAGACACAACAAAAUUACUAAAGCUAAGUAAAACUAAAAUGAAAACAGGAAAUGUGAAAUAAAAACUCAAAAUAUGAAUAAAAACUAUAAUAAUAUCUCAAUUAUAGUAAAAUAGGCAUGGUCAAAUUUUAAAACCUAUUACUUCAAAUGAGAUUUCAUAUUUAAUAUCUUAAACCAAACCAAACCAAACCAAACUAAAAUGCCUUGUUAUAAUUUUAGUAAUAUAAACAAAACAUAUUUACUCUAUUUAUGAACUGUUUUUUCCAGAUUAAACUAACUUCUUGAAACUUUUGUCUCAGAAAUUUGUUGUCAAAGUAUAAACUUUGAAUCUAUGAAUAAAUCUGAAAUAAAAUAAAAAUAAAUAUUAGAUAAAAAGGUUAAAUUAAAAAAGUUUCCAAUAACCAAAAUCAAUAAAUAUGUUAAAUCACUUAAAUUACUAAUACUGAAAUAAAAAUUCAUUAAAGCUACAUAGAAAUUUAUAUAUAAAACAUAGAAAUACUACAAAAAUAAAUGACGAAAGCACCUAAAAUUAUUCAAAACUAAGAAAAUGUUAUACUUUUAGAAAUAACAUAAAAUCUUUUACUUUAUUUAUGCACUGUUUUUCAUUUUAAACAAGUUAGCGUUUUGUCAGAUUUAUCUAAUUUCUGGAGACUUUUAUCCAAGUGAAUUUUGCCCUCAAAGUAUGAACUUUGAAUCACAUCAUGUACAUAAAGAAAGAAACCUAUAAACAAAAAUAAAUGUCAAAUUGAAACUAAAGAUGAUGAGAGAACAUUUUGACCUGGCUAAGCAUUUUAACCAGAUUAAACUGAAUAAAAGUCAUUUGUUGAUCAUGAA